AUGCACAGUCAUGUACGUGCUCAUUCUUAUCAUAGGGAUUUUUAUGUUUUCUUCUGCUUAUGAAAAUCUGUCUCUUCGGAAACCAACUUGGCAGAGUUCAUCACAUGAUGCCUCUGUUUCCGGUCCUGAAAAAGCGGUUGAUGGUUCGAAAACAGACUUAUCCUAUAGUGGACAUAAAUGUAGUGUAUCAGCUGAUAAACGGAUGAAUGCCACGUGGUGGGUUAACCUUACCGACAUUGUUAGCAUACAUGACAUUGUGAUUUACUACAGGACCGACAAGGAAUCCUGGGGACCAUCAAAUGGAUACACUAGCAGAUUUAUGGGAUUCUACGUGUACAUUUCAAACACAACAAACAGAGAAGAUGGUCACUUGUGUUUUCAUGACACAAACUACACCACAGCCACAAUCCCCACCGUUGCUAACAUUACAUGUCCAUUUUAUGGACAAUACGUGAUCUACUAUAACGAGAGACCAGUCAGAGACAGUUACACGACAGGACACUCUACAUAUGCCUUUAGUGAACUUUGUGAGGUCGAGGUUUAUGGUUGUUUAAGUCCCAGACGUUACGGAUCUGAUUGCUCAAAAGUUUGUCCAGAAAACUGCAAGGAGUACUGUCACAUAGAAUCGGGAAAUUGUCUACUGUGUUCCACUGGUUACAGAGGGGACCGCUGUGAACAAGAGUGUGAUAGUGGAUUCCAUGGUGAGAGUUGUAGCCUGACUUGUGGACAUUGUAAAUGGAAUAAGGAAUGCAAUCCAAUAAAUGGAACCUGUUUGAAUGGAUGUGCGGAGGGAUAUGAAAGAGAGUUUUGCAAUAAAAGUAUGGUUAAACACAAAUUGUGA